AUGGGCCGUGGACCAAAGAAGCAUCAGAAGCGCCUGAGCGCCCCCUCUCACUGGCUCUUGGACAAAUUGUCUGGUGCCUAUGCUCCUCGUCCAUCUCCCGGUCCUCACAAGCUACGAGACUGCUUGCCCCUCAUCGUCUUCAUUCGUAACAGAUUGAAGUACGCACUCAACGGCCGUGAGACCAAUGCCAUCCUCAUGCAGCGCCUCGUCAAGGUUGACGGCAAGGUCCGCACCGACUCCACCUUCCCAACUGGCUUCAUGGAUGUGAUCUCCAUCGAGAAGACCGGCGAGAACUUCCGUCUUGUCUACGAUACCAAGGGUCGUUUCACCGUCCACCGCAUCUCCGGUGAAGAAGCCGAAUACAAGUUGGGCAAGGUUAAGCGUGUCCAGCUGGGCAAGGGCGGAAUCCCAUUCUUGGUUACGCACGAUGCGAGAACGAUCCGUUACCCAGACCCAGCUAUCAAGGUCAAUGACACCGUGAAGAUCGAUAUUGCUACUGGCAAGAUCUCCGACUUCAUCAAGUUUGAUACUGGUGUUAUCUGCAUGGUUACUGGUGGUCGUAACAUGGGUCGUGUUGGUGUCAUCACUCACCGUGAGCGCCACGAGGGUGGUUUCGGUAUCGUCCACAUCAAGGAUGCUAUUGACAACUCCUUCGCUACCCGUGAAUCCAACGUCUUCGUCAUUGGCCAUGAGAAACCAUGGAUCAGUCUUCCCAAGGGCAAGGGUGUCAAGCUCUCCAUUGCUGAAGAGCGCGACCGUCGCCGUGCCGUGGCUCUUGCUGGCCGUUAA